GGAAGUGGGGCUCGUGACGUCACUCCCACAAUGCCCCGCACAAUGGGGCCGCCGCGGCCUGGGCCGGAGCCGCGCCUGGCGGGGCCCGGGGGAAUGGGGUAGUUCUGAAACCAGCACAGAUGGCUGAGCUUGUUCAGAGGGAAAGAAGUAAAUACCUGGAGAAAAUGGCAGAGACUCUUGGAAUGUGCGCGCAGCUCUGACACAGGAAAUAGAAAGCAUUUAUCUUUUCCAGCACCCGUCCCGUACAGAGGUGAAAUAUUUGCAGUCUCAGACACCUAUGAAGGAAGACCACUCUGAACCACAGGAUUUGUGCAUCUUGAAGGAUGAUGACGUUUUGCUGUUAAAGCAGUUUGGUCACUGAGGGUUCCAACGGAAACUGCACCCAGACAGCAUCAAGUGAGACAUCUGCAGGCUCGAGUUCUGCUUGACAUGGCCAUGUUGUACUAGGCCUGCCAUGACGGCAUUUUUUCCCAGUGUUCCCAACUGGAUUCAAGAUGCAAAGCAGGAGGACGAGGAGACAGGCUGGAAAUUAGUUCAUAGGCCAAGAGGUGAAGAGACUGAAAGUCAGGGAAAAUGCCAAUGUGAAAUAUCAGAGACCUCCUUCACCAAUGUGGACAAGCUGAGAACUCACACGCUUUCUCAUUCUGAGCAGAGACCGUACAACUGCCCUCAGCUGCACUGUGGCAAAGCCUUUGCAUCUAAGUACAAGCUGUAUAGGCAUAUGGCCACUCACUCUGCUCAGAAGCCUCAUCAGUGCAUGUACUGUGAGAAGAUGUUUCACCGGAAAGAUCACCUCCGCAACCACCUGCAGACCCACGAUCCCAACAAGGAGGCCCUCCACUGUCCUGAGUGUGGCAAGAACUACAACACAAAGCUCGGCUUCAGGCGACACCUGGCCAUGCACGCUGCCGCCAGCGGUGAUCUCAGCUGCAAGGUGUGCCUCCAGACGUUUGAAAGCACCCAAGUCCUGCUGGAGCACCUCAAAGCUCAUUCCAGACGAGCUUCUGGUGGAGCUAAGGAAAAGAAGCAUCCGUGUGACCACUGCGACAGACGCUUCUACACCCGGAAAGAUGUGCGGAGACACUUGGUAGUGCACACGGGGCGGAAGGACUUCCUGUGCCAGUACUGUGCUCAGAGGUUUGGGCGGAAGGAUCAUCUGACCAGGCACAUGAAGAAAAGCCACUCCCAGGAACUGCUGAAGAUUAAGACAGAGCCAGUCGACAUGCUGGGUCUUCUAAGCUGCAGCUCAUCCGUAGCGGUCAAAGAAGAGCUGAGUCCCGUCCUGUGUAUGGCAUCCAGAGACAUGAUAGGUGGUAAGAGCUUCCCUGGCAUGUUGCCUGUGGGCAUGUACAGUACGCAUCUCCAAACCAUGCCAAGCUCAGGGAUGCCCCAUUCUUUGGUUCCCAAUUCUCUUCCAAUGGGAAUGAGCUAUCCUCUGGAGUCGUCUUCUCCUAUCUCUUCCCCACCGCAACCUCCUCCAAAGUAUCAGCUUGGAUCUACCUCAUAUUUGCCUGAGAAACUACCCAAAGUAGAGGUGGACAGCUUUUUGUCAGACUUCCCUGGCAGCCUGUCUCUCUCAUCUGGUGAGCCUCAGUCCUCUUCGCCUCAGCCACCUGCUCUGGAUGAGGCUUUGCUUUCCAAGAGCCCUGCUAACCUUUCAGAGGCUCUCUGUGCUGCUAACAUGGACUUUUCUCAUCUUCUUGGCUUCCUCCCCCUAAAUCUUCCUCCUUGCAAUCCACCUGUAUCUUCAGGGGGAUUAGUCAUGGGCUACUCACAGGGGGAGACACAGCCACUGCUUUCCACUUUGCAACAUCAACCUCAAGAAUCUCCUGGAACUGGGGCCUCACUGAACUUUGGGCCCCUUCACUCGCUGCCCCCCGUCUUCACCUCAAGCUUGAGCACAACCACGCUGCCACGUUUCCACCAGGCAUUCCAAUAAGCUGAACAUAGCACUGGAGAACAGAUCUUUCAGUCACCCUUCUGUGGAGAGCCUUAAAAACGCACAACUCUUACUUCCCUUUGGGGUCUGAAAGCUUUGCAAAGCUGAUUCAGACAGGAGGUUUCUGGUCUCUGGCAGGAGCACUUGUAAGACUUGAACAGCAGAAAUUCCCAUGCCAGUCUCAGUCCUGUACAGCGAAAAGUUUUCAUCUAAUAGACUGGAUAUAUUUUAUCUAAUUUUUAAAUCUGUGAAUCAGGAGCCACACUUAGCACUGACCUUCCCUGAGAUCCUGGAGCUAUGUUCCUCUUUGGGAGGGGACUGUCCCUGAGAAGGAGUUGAGACUCUUUCAUCUCGGGCUAAAUGUUUGAAGAGUCCAGCUUCCAUUUCAAGUGAUCACACUGCUAUUCUGGCAAAGCAGCUAAUACCUUCAAUGGAGAAGGAGAAGUCAAGAUACUCACGCUGUAUGAAGCCAACGGGGAAGAAGCUGUCCUUCCCCACUACCUCUCACCCAACACAGCUUACUCCAUCGAAUACAGAUGACUCCACAUCAGUGUUAAACAAAGGACCGUUUACAUGCAGAGUUCAGACAUCACCUCGUUCUUCUUUGCGGAGCCUUUAGGUUAAACUCAACACAGUGAACAUUGUUUACACAACGCAGUUCUGUUUCCACCGUUACAAAAAUAGGAGGCACCAGAACACACUGGCCUUAUAUCUGGUGUAGCUAGAACACUGUUUACACGACGAAGUCAGGUUGCACUGAUUUCUCUUCACGUAUCACAUUUUUCCCCCAUGGGGAAAUACAUUGCUUUCUGGACCACUUCAGCCUCUGCCACUGGAGGCAGCAGCUUCCUGCGUAUUUUCUCUGACUAUCCACGUGUCAAGGGGAUGGAGCAGCUUGCAGAACUAAGCUUAUGUUUGUGGUGUAUGUAUAGAGCCCUUUUAAAUAUCUCCUACAGGCAAACAGAUCAUACGUCUGUUUUGGAAACCAAAGCAUGAGAAAAGGCUGGGCUAGGAGGUGGGGGCCCACAGCUCCAAGUCUCGUCCUACCAGGCAGGGAGGAGAGCAAGCUUCAAGCCCCUAGGUUUGCUUUGUUUUAUGAACCACAACCAUUCAGCGAGGUCAGUACCUUCUGGCUUACCCAUGAAGCGGUCUCAAGAGAUGCAUGCUUAUUUUUUUUUUAACCUGUCCUAGGGUGAAGACAUCCAGGAACUGGGAGGAAAAUUUGGUCCCAGCUUCAUUUACACUUGUCACUGUAUUUGAAGCAUUUUUCCCAACACUAAGUUCUAACAAAUGCUGAGGGUUCAGGCCUGCAGUCACUCUUUCACUUAGAAUUUGGUCCCCCUGGCCUUUUUGUUCUCUGCUUAAGCCUUGCCUCCAGAAAUCCAAUCCUGCUUCCAGUCCUACCUCCCAAAUCCUUCCCUACCUACUGUGCAGCCAAGCAGCAGCCAGCUGCUGGGUGUCAUUUAGCAUUUGUAUGGUCCCUGCUCUCACAUUCCUGAGCGUUCUCGCUGAACCUUAGAACCCGUUUCUGGUUAUAGACACACGGAUCUUCAUACCUCAGCAUGCAGGAACUGCCAUAGGCCAAUAUCAGCCAGGAAAUCUGUCAGUAUGAUUCCCUGUAAAUCUAGGAAAUGCAAAAUCUACCUCUACUCUGUUAACUCUUUCAGUGAAGCCACAUACUGUCCUUGCUCACCUCCCCAGAGCACCCAUUUCAGUCAAUGUUACCUUCUGCUGAGCCACCAGUCCCACAGUGUGCCUGUGCUCAUGGGCUUGUCCCCUUCCAUUGUAGUGAAGAAUUUUAUUUUUAACUUAGUUUAGUGAUUCUUCCCAGAAUGACUUUGUAGUGAUCCACUGAUUCUCCAAAACAUAGAUCAGUUGUUUUAGAUUAGCCAGCAGUGCUGCAAAUAAUACUUCUGCAUCAAAAUGUAAUAUAAGAUUUAUUUACCUCAGCAAUGUCCUGUGGCAAUGAUUCCCCUGGGUUAAAAUGCAGUACUUCCCUUUCUCCACUGUAAAUUGUUGCCUUUCCAAGUUCAACGAGUGCCUUCUUGUUCUCUAUCAUAGAAAAGGUAAAUAGGGCAUCGCAGCAGUCUUCUGUUUACCAUCACUGAAUACCUCAGUCUCAUCUGCUGUUGCUUUUCUCCUUGCAAAUUAGAGUUUCACAGCGUUACCAGUGAUAUGCAAGCCUUAACCCUGUCUUCAGUUUUAAGAGAAUAAAUGGGUCAGAAUGGAUCACUUACAGCAAGGAGUGUCAGAUUUAUGCAAUGCCAUUGCACACCUUCUUUCCUUUCUGGCCUUCUUGCUUUCUGCCUGCAUUGUACUCCAAACAGACGUCAGCACUGGAAUUCCUUUAGCAGCGGUAGCAGAGCUUAGAGCCAGGCAUCUUCCUCCUACCAGUAGUCUGUCAAAGAAUAAAUGGAAUUCGUUUCACUAUUAGUUGCACGUGUGGUUUGCUUUGCACAGCUCCUCCAGCGGACCUGCAAUAACACUUGUGAGUUAAAUCAAACCUGACAGCAGCAAAGGGAGCACUCUUGCAGACUGAAGGCUGCAUAGCAAGUGUUUGCACUGGAAGCUGGAUUCAGUUUCUGCUCCACAGCAGAGCCUAGCGCUUGCAAGGAAUUUGUCAGCCGGUCUGAAAUAACAGGCUGCUUCCAUUUGGAAUGCUAAGCACACAAAUAUUAUUUCCUGAAGUGAAUCAGUGGGCAACUUUUAGCUGAUUUCUAAGAAAACAACGUUGAGCUUCUAAGAUACGCCGCUUCAGAGUCUAAAUUCACUGGGAAGUGUCCACUGAGGUACCAGAAAAAUCAGCAGACAUCACCUCAGGCAAACUGGUGCUGUUUGUAGAUAGAAUGCAAUGUUGGGUGCUGCAGCACAGCCUGCAAAAUUGUUCUGUGUAUGCACAGGAUAUUCGUGCGUGAGGGGACAGCAUUCAUUGUGCUGCCAGGGCUGGAUGUCACUGCAAGUCAGCCAGGCAGAUGGAGCCAUCCUGGGAGGGACAAAAUACUUCAAUGGAAGAGUUUUUGAAGCAGGAAUUUCAAAGAGGCUAAAUGAAUGCAGGAGACAGCAAGCUCGGCUGGGUUUUACACACUGAGGUGUGACAGCAAAGCUCUUUAUUGCAGGCACAUCUGUGCCAGAAAGAUGUCAUCAGAUUGAGCCCAAGGGAAGCAACUACAGCGAAUAAUUGGGCAGGAGGGUUUAGAAAUGCUUAGAAGCAUGGUUAACUUGAAGGUUCAGGACUGUGCAGAUAGCCAAUGUAUAGAGCACGAGUCCAGGAAAGGACAGGACAUAACCUAAACAGCAAUUGUAGAUCAGAAUCUCCCUAAAUUAUCAAAAAGAUGAGGAUGUAACAUCCCACUAAAACAAGGAUGCCCUUUGCUCACGCCAGGUGAGCCCCAUCCACAGCAGCACAGGAUUAACUCACCUGGCCAGUCCUUCCCAGGCUCACAUUUCUGGAGCUGUGCGAGAAUCCAAAAAGCUUUUCCCCAUGGCAUUACAGCUUGCUCAAGACCCGUUUGUAUGAAGGAACAACACCUUAACUUGCUUUUGUUUCCAGUGAGUUUCACUUGACAGAACACCCAGCUAUGGCACUUUGACAGAUCCCGCUCAGCUGGCUCACAUUAGUGCCUGCUCUUUAGCCCUGGUGUUGAAAAUGUCACUUCAAUGGGAAUCCCUCUUUCCCCUCUGGCAGAUGGAUGAUCUCAGUCCUUUUGUUGGGAGUUCAGCUCUUUGUUCUUUAAUUCCUUCCUUGCUGACAGGUGAACAGCAGCUGCUUGGGAGAUUUCCUGCAGUUCACUGAAAAAAAAAAAUCCUGGUUUCCUUUCUCUGACUUUGCUUUGCCUUUGCUGUCUGGAAAGAAUGAUCCCACAGAGGCAUUUUCUACUUCUUGCAGUUCAGAUUCUUAAGAAGCAAUCUUCAAAGACGCUCUCCCCAUCACCACCACCUUCUUGCUCCUCUCUAAUCAGUUACUCAGGCUCCCUCGAUUCUCCCUUGGGUGCCUAUUUCUCAGUUAAUUACUUUAGCCCAGUCAGAUGCUCUGCUGCUACAAAAGGCGAAGUGCAUGAACCAAGGCAGAACAGCUCAAACAGAACCACUCCAUUAAAACUCUUUGAGCUUCCAUCAUCUUCAUCCAGGACGUGCUGCUUUCUGUCACACUCGGCUCGUCUCUGCACUGCUCCUCACCUGCCACGCGCUCACCUCACACCAGUGGAUGAGCAGGCUGCUUCAGGAGCCCUUCCACAUACCUCAGGCAUUCUGUACCUGCAGGUAGGAAGUCUUCUCCCACGGCAUUUCCCAGCAGACUCUGCCAUCCCCAUGCUGAGCACUCACCAAAUGCUUCGGAAGCAUCUUAAGCAGAGUUCUUCUUGGGUCUGAUUUUCUAAUGUCCAAAACAGAUCAUAUUCUGCACAUCCACACCCGAGGUUUAGCUUUGCUUUCCUAUUGAAAGCACAGUUUGCUUCUUACGUGCACAGGUAGUUUGCAUGCUCUGCACUGUGUGCUCGUGGCUGAAGCUGGGUCUUCCCCACUCCUUCCCACUGGUGCCCAAAUUCAGCACACACAUCCAGUGACACGGAGGUACCUUCUGUGUACUGGAGGUCGCUGUGACAAGGCACUGCAAAAGAAAGUUAUGUGGAAUUUGGACUAUUAGAUACAUCAGCUCUUCAUUUUCAGUUAGGGAAACGAUCCUCAAACAUCUUGUUAACACGCACCUCACUUUAACUGUUACCUUCCCCUUCAUCCUCACCAUCUGCUUCACAUAUUGUAUCACUCUUUGAAACUACUAUGCAAGUAGACAACCAGGUCUGAUGGCGAAUGUACUGAGACAACAAAGAGAAAGCUGUGCAAAGCCUAUGGGACAGGGAGAGCUCAGUGCAGGCCCAGGUCAGCAGGCCCACAGCCCAUUCCUGGGUGUCCCCAGCACCCUCUGCUCCAGGCUGGUGCACAACGCAGUACUGGUGGAAGCCAGUCCUGAGCUCACACCUCCUCCUUGCCCUAUUGAGUGCCUAAGCCUUGGCUUUUUUUUCGUGCUAGGGGCCCCUAAUAUCUAGCAGAUAUUUUUAGAAAGUUUGUUUUGUAAUGUUUGUACUGGUAUUUUACUUGAAUGAGAAUAUUGAACAAGGAAAAAAAAACAAAAGUAGAGAUCUCUGCCCUUGAGGUGGUCGCAGAGGAAACCUGUGGAAGCUGUGAAGAUCCCCACUGGGAAGCCGUCAUGCUUCAACACUGCUGCAGAGCCACAGGGAGAAUCCCAGCCCUGCUGAGGAUUGCCAUGGGUGGCAUUGCCCACAGCCCAACUUCUGCUCAUCAGAGGCUCCUCAGAUCGAGGGCAGAGCAUGAUGCAGAGCUCACCAAUGUCUCAGUCGGAGGGAAGAGCCUGGGAUUCCUGCUUCUGGCAGCCAAAGGCAGGACACACCAUCAGCCACUGUGCUGCAGUUCCUGUUCUCCGGUGCUGCAGAGCUCUCCCUCCCCACUGCUGUCCAAGGCAGAAGCUUCCCAUGGGUACAGCCUGAUGUUUUUCUAUAAAGAAACUUUCUAGCACUUUUGUACACAGCAAAUAACCUCUUUUUAAUGGAGUAUUUUGAGGGGCUAUAAACAAGGUUUUUUAAUUGUAAAAAAAAAAAAUGAAAUGAAGUGCCAUUAGGAGAUGUACAGGUCACAAUUAAAAUCAGUGCUUUCAUUGUUUUGCAAAAUGAAGUUCAAAUUGAAAGCUUUUUUU